UCGCUGUGUGUAAAGUGGCGGCGCUGCGGUCGACGUCCAGUGUCUUGUCAGUCACAGACACACCAUCAUUGUAAGUCUUCAUCACCAGAGUCAACGAGCAUCAUGAGGUACAGGGUGGUCACUACUUACCUCAUGUACCUGCUGUUGGUGCCAAGGCUGGCUCAAGAGUUAAAAGCUCGUGUGGUCGGUGGCACAUUGAUGGCGGGACGUCUGGAAAUCUUUUACGAUGGAACUUGGAACACAGUGUGUGGUGACUCUUUCGGAGAGGAAGAAGCUUCUGUAGCCUGCAGGAUGUUAGGAUUAAACAGUACAACAGCAGUAGCCGUGGGGUCAUACAAGUACGGAGCAGGCUCUGGUCCUAUUCUGCUCGAUGACCUGCGGUGUGUGGGGAACGAAACCAGCCUGGCGCAGUGUAGACACCGGGGGCUCUACAGACACGACUGUGGACACUGGGAGGAUGUCGGCGUCGUGUGCAACAUACCUGAGGAGUUGAGAGCUCGUAUAGCUGACGAGGCAGUGGAGGCUGGACGCCUAGAGAUAUUUUACCAUGGAGAAUGGAACACUGUGUGUGAUGAUACAUUUGGAAGGGAAGAGGCCCAGGUGGCCUGCAGAAUGCUUGGCUUCAACAGCACUGAAGCAGCAGCUGUUAGUUCAGAGAAGUACGGACACGGUACAGGUCGGAUUCUGCUUCUAAAGAUGGAGUGCAACGGAAACGAAACCAGUCUAGCGAACUGCAAAAAUAAAGUUGUUUACAUCAGCAACUGCGAUCACUCGCACGACGUCGGUGUUGUCUGUAACAUCACUGAACAGACAACAGCACGUCUGAUUAACGGGACAUCAGAAGCUGGCCGACUAGAGAUAUCUUUCAACGGUGAGUGGGGAGCAGUGAGUGACAAGGGAUUUGGAAAGAAGGAGGCGGAGGUGGCCUGUAGAAUGUUAGGAUUCAACAGUGCUGGAGCAGAAGUUGUCAGCUCAGACCGUUACGGUAAAGGUCCCGGACACGUUCUCCUCCAUGUCACAAAGUGUAAUGGAAUGGAAACCAGUCUGGCUCAGUGCAAAUUUGCACAAUUCUAUCCCAAUGCCGCAAUUCACUCCACGGAUGCUGCUGUCGUUUGUAACAUAGCUGAACAGAUUGUUCCACGUUUGGUUAACGGGACGUCGGACGCCGGUCGCCUGGAGAUACUUUUUAAUCGAGAGUGGAGCACAGUCUGUAACGAGGGCUUCGGAAGAAAAGAAGCGCAGGUGGCCUGCACAAUGCUUGGAUUUAACGGAACUGGGGCAGCAAUAGUGAGCUCCGACAGAUACGGGCAAGGUUCAGGUUACAUUCUGCUCCCCACGAUAAAGUGUAAUGGAGCGGAAGUCAACCUGGCGCAAUGCAGUCAUCCGCUCUUCUACACCAGCGGCUGCGAUCACUUGCAGGAUGUCAGCCUGGAGUGCAACAUCAGUCGUGUGAAACUGCGUUUAACUGGAAAGCGUCGAACCAGAUUUGACAUGGGUGGUGUGGAAAUAGAGAUUGGAGGAAAGCUGCAAACAAUGUGUAUCUCCGACGAUAAAGUCGCGGCAGUUAUCUGCAGACAGCUCGGCUUACCAUCACGUUCAGCAGCACUCACCGAAGGAUGGUCAUUUGGAUCCAGACGUGGCAAUCAAUUGAUGACAAAUUUUACAUGCAAAGGCGACGAAAACAGCAUCUCGGACUGCGACCAGAGUUUAUUUAGUAACGGAAGUACCUGUAGUGACUUUGGCGUCGACUGCAGGGAGUUUCGUACUCUGUUCAUUGUUCCGGACAGAAAUGAAUAUCCGUUGAUAGAGAAAGAAAGUAAAGUGCUAAGAUGUGGUAUCUCAUAUAUACAUGGACGUGUACCCGAAUACACAUGGGUAGAGACCGCCGGUGGUAGACCAUCUGGAUAUAUUCUAAGGUUUGACAGCCUGACAAGGAAGCACAAUGGAAGCAAAGUAAGGUGCAAGGCAAGCUAUGUCAAGGAUGGUGUCAAGCAUAACCUGUCUAGUGACACCCUGGUAUUGCAGGUUUACUAUACGGAUAUCAAGGUAACACGAAAUGUGACUACUCUAGAGGCCAUCCAAGAUCAGUUAGAAAUCAACACUGGAGAGAAUGUUACAUUUUGGUGUAAAGCUGACAGCUACCCUCAUCCUGCGUCCAUCACGUGGUCUGGAAGAGUGAACAGCACGACUGGGGAGUUACGGAUCAUAGCGGCAGACCACGUGACACACAGCGGUGUGUACACCUGUACCGUCGUCACUGAAGCAGCUCAGGAUGACGACCGUCUUCCACUCAAGUCAUCGUACUUGCUAAACCUAACUGUUAAAGGUGGCUUUGUCUGCAUUUGUGUUGAAUAUUUACGAAAAUAUGUUUAUGUAAGUCAGUUUUCAAAGCACAUGCACAAAAUUGCAUAAUUCCCACUUUCAUGUUGUAAAUAACCGUCCGACAUACCGACUACGUUUACGCGAAAGCGGAUGUAA